CAAGACGGAAAUGAUUGAAUUCCGCUUCGUCCUAUCAGAGCGACGUAAAACGGUCACAUGAGCGUCGCCAUGGUGCCAAACGACUCUUCAUUAGCUACUACAUGCUACCACUGGCUACGAUAUGCUUCUGUUGGAAGACAGAAAUGAGCAGCAAUGCAACUUGUCUGCUUCUCGGAGCGACUGGUGUGGGGAAAACGUUACUAAUGAAACGUCUGCAAAAGCUCAGUUUUCAUGGACCAGGUGAACUGGGGGGACCUCCUUCUACUCUUCCUACAGUAGGAACCAACCUCACAGACCUGACACUGAAGAGGAAGAAGCUGACAUUAAGAGAGCUGGGAGGCUGCAUGGGCCCUAUAUGGCCGAGUUACUUCAAAGACUGCUCCUCGGUCAUUUUCAUGGUGGACUCAACCAACACUGCUCAGGUAUCCUCGUCCUGUAUCCAGCUGCUGUCAGUGCUCUCUGCUGAACCUCUGCGUGGUGUCUCGGUGCUGAUUCUCUUCAACAAGAGGGACAUGCCUUGCACUAUGAGUCUUACAGAGAUGAAGUCACUGUUCAGAAUGGAUGACAUCAUUGCGUCGGCUACUCAGCCAAUCACGACACUGGAAGUCAGUGCCCACUCUGGACAGGGACUUCAGGAGGUGCUGAGCUGGCUGGAGUCCAUCGCAAUCAAGUGAACUAUAAUACGUGUGUUCCUUAUAAGGUGAUGCUCCUCUCACAGAAGUUUAAAUAAUGACUUCAAGCCUUUUGGCAUGAGAUGUCAGUAUUUCCAGCAGAGACUGUUCAGAGGAUUUAAGGGGUCGCCCUGGUAGAGCGUCUAACACGUAUCAAGGAGGAGACCUUACCACAGCGGUUCCAUUGCAGCCCAGGCCCUUUGCUGCUUCUCAUCCCUUCUCUCUCUCUCCUAUCUUUACUCUCUGUCUACAGCUGUCCAUACAUAAGUAUUACAUGCCAAGAAUAAACACAAAAAAAGUGGCAAGACAUGAAAAGUAGGUCUAGUUUGUAACAUUUAGGAGGAUCUGUUGGAAUAUAAUAUUCAUAGGUUUGUUUUCGUUGGUGUAUAAUCACCUGAAAAUAAGAAUUGUUGUGAGUUUGUUAUCUGAGAAUGAUGAUUUUUAUCUUCAAAGGGAGCAAGUCCUUUUCAGCUGAGUCCGCCAUGUUACUACAGUAGCCUUUUCAGUUUUUGGCAAGUGUACUUUCUCCUACACGCUUUGAAGGCGAGCGAUAUUCAGUUGGUUACAAUACUACUGCUGCUAUAUAGCACUAAAUCCUACAGACUGGACCUUUAUGUAUGUCUCUUUGGUACCGUACAAAUGGUGAGUGUGAAUGGGGAAGGAGAUGUAUUAGUGAUAUCAUGGCAGGAUGAUUGUAUGGUUGUUUAACAGUUAUUUGUACUGGUCACCGUUACUAAUUAAAUUCAAAACAGAGUGUGAUCAUAAGAAAUGUCGCUGAGGGAAACCUGCUACUGUUAAACAAAGACUAUUUUUAUUUUGCAAUAAAACAGGUUUCUGCACUUCACUUUUAUUAACUAGGUCACUGUGAGAAACAUGUUAGAAGAGCUAAACUGAAUAAUGUAAGUGACGCAGCAUAUUAGUAAUGAGUCAUUACCAGCAGGGGGCAUAAAGUGCACAACAAAUACUGUGACUGGUACUGGGUGUGUGUCGGAUUUGGGAUGAUUUCAUAAUAAAUGUAUUUAUCAGAGGAAAUGAGAACAUAGAAAACAGAAGAAUGAAGCAGUGUUCUAAUUAUACCCUUAUAUUUGAUGAGAGUCAGUGGUUCACAAGCAAUGAAUAAAACUCAUAUUUGU